AUGAGGGGUUACCAUGGCGACCGAGGCAGCCAUCCCCGCCCAACCCGCUUUGCUGACCAGCAGCAUAUGGACGUGGGCCCAGCUGCCAGGGCCGCAUACCUGCUGGGCUCCGGGGAGACCUUCUCCACCGAGCCCCGCUUCUGUGCUUCGAGAGCUGGCCUGGGACACCUUUCUCCGGAAGGGCCCCUGAGCCUGAGUGAGGGGCCAUCAGUAGGCCCUGAGGGAGGGCCAGGGGGGACUGGAAUUGGGGGGGGUAGUAGCACCUUCCCCAGGAUGUACCCCGGCCAGGGCCCCUUCGACACCUGCGAAGACUGUGUGGGCCACCCACAGGGCAAGGGUGCCCCCCGCCUGCCUCCUACACUCCUGGACCAGUUUGAAAAGCAGUUGCCAGUUCAGCAAGAUGGCUUCCACACGCUACCUUACCAGCGAGGUCCAGCAGGGGCCGGGCCCGGGCCUGGGCCGGGAUCUGGCUCUGCCCCAGAGGCCCGCAGCGAGAGCCCCAGCCGCAUCCGGCACCUCGUUCACUCCGUGCAGAAGCUCUUUGCCAAGUCCCACUCUCUGGAGGCCCCGGGGAAGCGGGACUACAAUGGGCCCAAGGCUGAUGGAAGAGGUGGCUCUGGGGGAGACAGCUACCCUGGCUCAGGCUCUGGAGGCCCCCACACCUCCCACCACCACCACCACCAUCACCACCACCACCACCACCAGUCCAGGCAUGGCAAGAGGAGCAAGAGCAAGGACCGCAAGGGCGAUGGGCGGCACCAGGCCAAGGCCGGGGGCUGGUGGAGCUCUGACGACAACUUGGACAGUGAUAGCGGCUUUCUAGCGGGUGGGCGGCCUCCUGGGGAGCCAGGUGGUCCCUUCUGCUUGGAGGCUCCAGAUGGGUCCUACCGGGACUUGAGCUUCAAGGGGCGCUCAGGAGUGUCGGAAGGCCGCUGUCUGGCCUGCACUGGCAUGUCCAUGUCGCUGGAUGGACAAUCUGUUAAGCGAAAUGCCUGGCAUACCAUGAUGGUCAGCCAGGGCCGGGAUGGAUACCCAGGGGCCGGACCAGGCAAGGGGCUCCUGGGUCCAGAGGCCAAGGCCAAAACCAGGACUUAUCAUUACCUGCAGGUGCCGCAAGACGAUUGGGGGGGUUACCCCCCUGGGGGUAAGGAUGGAGAGAUCCCCUGUCGCAGGAUGCGGAGCGGCAGCUACAUCAAAGCCAUGGGGGACGAGGAGAGUGGAGACUCAGAUGGCAGCCCCAAGACAUCUCCCAAGGCGCUGGCCCGGCGCUUUGCCUCCCGCCGCUCCUCCAGUGUGGACCAGGCCCGGAUCAACUGCUGCGUCCCACCCCGGAUCCAUCCCCGGAGCUCCAUCCCUGGCUACAGCCGUUCCCUCACCACCGGACAGCUCAGCGAGGAGCUGAGCCAGCAACUGGAGGCUGUGUGCGGGUCUGUGUUUGGGGAGCUUGAGUCCCAAGCCGUGGACGCCCUGGACCUGCCCGGCUGUUUCCGCAUGCGGAGCCACAGCUACCUCCGGGCCAUCCAGGCCGGCUGCUCUCAAGACGACGACUGCCUGCCCCUCCUCGCUGCCCCUGCCUCUGUCUCAGGGAGGCCCGGCUCCUCCUUCAACUUCAGAAAGGCUCCGCCCCCCAUCCCGCCGGGGAGCCAGGCCCCGCCCCGCAUCUCCAUCACCGCCCAGAGCAGCACCGACUCUGCCCACGAGAGCUUCACGGCGGCCGAGGGCCCCGCCCGGCGCUGCAGCUCCGCCGACGGGCUGGACGGCCCCGCCAUGGGCGCGCGCACCCUGGAGCUGGCGCCGGUGCCGUCGCGGGCCGGCCCCAAGCCCCCGACGCUCAUCAUCAAGACCAUCCCCGGCCGGGAGGAGCUGCGGAGCCUGGCGCGGCAGCGCAAGUGGCGGCCGUCCAUCGGGGUGCAGGUGGAGACUAUCUCAGACUCGGACACGGAGAACAGGAGUCGAAGAGAGUUCCACUCCAUAGGCGUCCAGGUGGAGGAGGACAAGAGGCGGGCGAGGUUCAAGCGCUCCAACAGCGUGACGGCCGGCGUGCAGGCGGACCUGGAGCUGGAGGGCCUGGCCGGCCUGGCCUCGGUGGCCACAGAGGACAAGGCCCUGCAGUUCGGACGCUCCUUCCAGAGGCACGCCUCUGAACCCCAGCCUGGCCCCCGGACCCCCACCUACUCAGUCUUCCGCACGGUCCACACGCAGGGCCAGUGGGCCUACCGCGAGGGCUACCCACUGCCGUACGAGCCGCCGGCCACCGAUGGGUCCCCGGGCCCUGCCCCUGCCCCCGCCCCGGGCCCUGGGGCAGGCCGCCGGGACUCGUGGAUGGAGCGGGGCUCCCGUAGCCUCCCCGACUCAGGCCGCACGUCCCCCUGCCCGCGGGACGGCGAGUGGUUCAUCAAGAUGCUGAGGGCGGAGGUGGAGAAGCUGGAGCACUGGUGCCAGCAGAUGGAACGCGAGGCGGAGGACUACGAGCUGCCCGAGGAGAUCCUGGAGAAGAUCCGCAGUGCUGUGGGCAGCACGCAGCUUCUCCUGUCCCAGAAGGUUCAGCAGUUCUUCAGGCUGUGUCAGCAGAGCAUGGACCCCACUGCGUUCCCUGUGCCCACCUUCCAGGACCUGGCGGGUUUCUGGGACCUCCUGCAGCUCUCUAUCGAGGAUGUGACCCUCAAGUUCCUGGAGCUACAGCAACUCAAGGCCAACAGCUGGAAACUCCUGGAGCUUAAGGAGGAGAAGAAGGUCCCUCCGCCGAUACCAAAGAAGCCGCCGCGGGGCCGGGGCGUGCCGGUGAAGGAGCGCUCGCUGGACUCGGUGGACCGGCAGCGGCAGGAAGCGCGCAAGCGGCUCCUGGCGGCCAAGCGCGCCGCCUCCUUCCGCCACAGCUCGGCCACCGAGAGCGCCGACAGCAUCGAGAUCUACAUCCCCGAGGCCCAGACCCGGCUGUGA